ACCUUUCCUAUUAGGAAUAUAUUUGUUUUUAUCAUAUCUCCCAUCUCUCUUUGUCUUCUCUCCAGGGCCCUUGCACAUGCCAAAUUCACUAAGGAACUGAAAUAUGUAAUUCAGAGGUUUGCUGAGGACCCGAGGCAGGAGGUCCAUUCCUGCCUCCUCAGUGUGCGUUCAGGUAAAGAUGGCUGGUUCCAGCUCUACAGUCCAGGAGGGGUGGCCUGCGAUGACGAUGGAGAGCUGUUUGCCAGUAUGGUUCAUAUUUUGAUGGGCUCCUGCUAUAAGACCAAGAAAUUCCUGCUCUCGCUGGCGGAGAACAAGCUGGGUCCCUGCAUGCUGCUGGCCCUGCGUGGAAACCAGACCAUGGUGGAGAUCCUGUGUCUGAUGCUGGAGUACAACAUCAUUGAGAACAAAGACACUCAGCUGCAGAUCAUCUCCACCCUGGAGAGCACCCAGGUGGGGCUGCGCAUGUACGAGCAGCUCUGUGACCGACAGAGAGAGCUCAAAGAACUGCAAAGGAAAGGAGGCCCCACCCGGCUUACUCUGCCCUCAAAAUCCACGGAUGCAGACCUUGCCCGUCUGUUGAGUUCAGGUUCUUUUGGGAAUUUGGAGAACCUGAGCCUGGCCUUCACCAACGUAACCAGUGCCUGUGCCGAGCAGCUCAUCAAACUGCCUUCACUCAAACAGCUCAACCUCUGGUCCACACAGUUUGGGGAUUCAGGGUUAAGGUUGUUAUCUGAGCAUCUGGCCUGUCUUCAGGUUUUGAACCUGUGUGAGACUCCAGUCACUGAUGCUGGUCUGCUCGCUCUCAGUUCCAUGAAGAGUCUUUGCAGUCUGAACAUGAACAGCACCAAGCUCACAUCUGACACAUAUGAGGACCUCAAGGCCAAACUGCCUAACCUGAAAGACGUUGAUGUUCGGUACACAGAGGCCUGGUGAUCAACCAGGCUCACUCAACCCUUACACACAACCAGGCAGACACAUCAACAUAUGCACACACUGCACACAGGCUCCAAUUCAUGACAAGAUUGUGUAGUUAUGUCAUCUCCAUCGUUGCCCAUCAUUAGACCAGGACAUGUGACAUCAUCCCUGCGUAAAUAUCAUCUGAUGUGACCAGAGGAAGAGCCUUCACAAGCUACAUCACAACCCCUGUAAUGACAUCAUCACUGGGUAUCAACUGUCAGCAACACUUUUUUUCUAAACAAGAAAUCUUUAUUGACUUGCAGCUUCCCUUAUCUUUUCACCAAUAUUCCAAGGACCUGAUGAUUAGAGGAAAAGCUAACCGCUGUUACAUUGUGACAUGCAGGACACUUUUUCUCUGGCUGAGCUUUUGCCCAGUCUUUCAGAUGUCUCUCAGUUCCCAUAUCCAGUCCAGGUGCAGCUCUCCAGCCGAUGCCCUCCCACCGCUGUUGGUGUGUCGUGAGGAAGAUCUGAGCCUUCCCAUCUGUUUCUCUCUCCUGCGCUUGUACCAUGAAAGCUGGAUACCGCAGCUUACAUUCCAGUUCUUCUCCAAACUGAUCUGCGAAGUAGCUCUCAAAGCAGACGUGUUGAACUGAACCUCAGUCCUCGCUCUCACACUCUUUGGCUUUAGUUUUCAGGUUGUGAUUCUAAUAUGUUCAAAGGUUUUAUUGGGAAAUAGAGGUGCUGCCUCUUAGAAACAAAGAGUUGCAAGACUGUGCCUGUUUGUCUUUCAUGACAGGUUCUCGCACAAAAAAAAAGAAAGAAGGUUUUUAUCAACUUGAAUGGACAUAUUUUUCCAGACAUCUGUGCUUUCAUAUAUUGUGUGUUUCUUUAUAAAACAUAUAUAUUAUGAUAACACCCAGUGAUGAUAUUUUAGAAACAGUUUGGAAACUCUGCAGGAAAGUUCAACGGCAACAUUUGUUCCUUUUUCGUUUGUUUUCACUGUACAUACUGAUGAUCUCCAAUUACUAUUUAAUAACCGUUGUGUAGCAGUAGUUGGGUUGUCUGGGACUGCCUAAUAUUUAUAUGUUUUUUUUAAAGCCUUCUUAAAUCUGUCUCUUCUGGAUUGUGUCCUUACCAUAAUGAAGUACACAGGCCCUGUUGUCUUUCUUUGCAAGAUACAACACAAGCCCCCCAAGAGGGCCCCAUACACAGAUCUCUCUGUACAAUGUCAUGAUGGUAACAUAGAUCUGUGAAGUGGACUCAAACUGGACCUGAACCAUCACCAUCUGAGAGUUGUGUUUUUUCUUAUUCUUUGCUAUUUUCGGAGAUAUAAAAAGAAGAAAUGCAACUUGCCAAACUUUGUCAUUGAAUUCAGUUUAUGUUUGUGCACUUGUGUCUUUGGGCAAACAUAAGUGUGUUUUCAAUACUGACAAAGUUUCAAAUGGAAGCUGCCUGUGGAUAGACACUGACACUGUUUGGAUUCACGUCUCUGACCUCUAGCUGAGGUCAGGGGGAGCAGUCUCAGUGCCUAUAAUGGAGCUGUGGAUGAGUGGCCUACUGGUAUCUUACUAUAUGUCACACCACCUGUUUUAAAUUGUUCUGCUGUUCUUAUAUUACACCAUCAUAAAUGGGUUACAUUUUUAGGCUGUUGGGGUGAAUAAUUGUCAUCAGUGGAUGGGACAAAAUCAUUGUACAUAUUCUUUCACGGGCUAUAGGGGACAAAGGAUAGGAAAAAGGCACCUUUUUGGCCAUUUCUGCUUUUCUGCAUUCCCUCAAAAUGUUGCCUGCUGGUAUUGUGGCAGCAUUACAUAUGAUGUGGUAACUGCCCAGUUUAUCAGAAGCUCCUUUUCCUCUGUCUAGAUGUGGUUUGGGUUGCAUUGGCCCUAGAAAAAGCAAGACAUGUCAGACUUCCUCUCUUUUUCCUGUCAGCCUUGCUCUGACUACACCCAUCCAUUUUAUUUAUUUGUGUCAACCUCCGGAAUGCUUAGGGUUUGUUAAACCAACACCACGGCUGCAGCAGAGGAAAGGAUGCCGUCCGCUAUGAGAUGCUUUCUUAUUUAUUAGGUGCCAUGAUAGGUUUGGCUUGUAGAUUCGGUUUAUGUACGGCCAUCUUUGGUUCCGGUUUUAGGACCUCCUGCUUUUUCAUAUCCUGUAUGAUAUACAAGUGUAUAUAGUCGUCUCUUCCCUUCUUCUCUUUAAUUUUUUGUUCAACCCCCUCCACCUUUUAUUGGCAGGCUGGUGUUGCCUUUAUCUUAUUUGUGUGGUGUUUUUUUCACACAAAGUGCACUGUAAUCUAACAAAUUAUGUUUUCAUAAUAUCUUUAGAGUUUCCAAAAUCUUUUAUUUUAUCACUUAAAUCAAAUUCUUGUGUUCUUGUUUUUUGUUUGUUUUUGCAUGUACAUGUUGCUGUGUGAUCUAUUUUUAUUUUUUAUUUUUGUUUUAUAAAAGGAUUGAAAUAUGAUAAAGGGACAAAUCACUAUCUCACUGAGGUUAAGGACUGAAUUAGAGAUAUCCAAUCCAAUGAUAUCUGAUCAUAGUGGCCAAGAUCUAGCUAUGAGUCCUGACAGGUCCUGAAGGUCGAGGCAGUUCGGGUUUGAUUGUUGUUGAUUUUUAAACAGCCAUUACCAAUGCUGGUACUGUUGGACUGACACUGCCUCUAGCUGGGAUUCAAUCAUUCAAGUUUUCCCAUUUUAAUAUUGAAUCAAACUUGCAAAUAAUUAUUGUUUCCUCAAGAAUGUGUACCAAUACUGCCAGAUAAUCAUAUCAGAGGUGGACCACACUGACUGACCGUUAUCAUUUUAAAAUAAAGUUGUUGCUUUUCACACAUCAGAUAAUCCCGUGUAACUUUAGUGUCAUUUUGUUUUAUCCUGUUUUUCUAAGUCUAAACAUUUUAAAGAAAUAUUUUGAUAUUUUGUAAAAUAGAAGAACUUUUUAAAGGUUGUUAGAUGAGAAGAUUGAAAGCAAUAAGAGAUAAGAAUGCCAUCAACCUUCUCACCUAACUCGGCCUGAAAGCCAACUGUUCCUUUAAAUAAGUGCACACUGAACUCAUCCCCCACUUGUCCAGACUAUGACUGUUUGAGGUUAUAAUGGAAGUAGGGAUACACCAAUGCAUCGGCCAUACAUUGGCAUCGGCAUAUGUUCACCCUGAUUGGUAAAUGCAAAUCCAACGUUCAGAGUCUUGGCAACUACUGAUCACUUCCCUGGGAGAAAUGUUUUCCAACUUCAAAACGUGGCAAUUUAAAGCUAUUAAAUGUCUAAUUAUCACUAAAAGGUCAUGUAUGAAUAUAUUAUAAUGGAUGAUAAGAAAGUCAAACUGACAGUUACUUAAAAUAUUCUCAUUGAAUAGGUAAUUGUUUAGCAGUAAAAAGGCUUCUGUAAAAGUGACUAUGAGUAAUCUGUGCACAUUCAAAGUAAGUGUGGAGAAGGGCUAAAAGACAGUUCAUAUGUUCUUUAUAAGGAUGUAUUUGUUUCCCUGACACAAAAGAGAAUACAAAAAAGGAAUAAUAAAGAGAAAACAUUGUGGCAUCUAAGGAGUGCAUCCCUAAAUGAAAGCUGUGUUACUGUGGAACAUGUGAUGAUACUGUCGUGUCGCUGUAUUCUGUGGAGCUCACUGUGCUUUCCACAUUAUCUCUCUGAUGUUUAUUAUUCUACUCUAGCUCUUAAGAGUUUCUACCAUGUCCAACAUGUGUACAGCUGCGUUCAAGUCUUAGCAGUUGUUAUAAAAGGAACAGGGUCAGAUGCUGCACAACCUGACAAAUCUGACGGACUGAAAGGACUACUCUUUUUUCCCAUAAUUCCUUGUAAAAAAAAUAUGUUUGUGGAGCUUGAAAUGGUUGCACCCAUUAUGUUUCUCUCUUCUUUUUUUCCACCAUUGAUCUGCUUCUCCUGCUAGGUUAUUAUUAUUAUUAUUGCCGCUGCUGCUGCUCUCUGGCUGUUGUAAUGAGAAUGCAAAAAUAUCUUCAACAGCAAAAACCAUGAUGUGGAAUAAUUUCAAUCCAAAUUAAAUUGUCUGUGAAUAUG